UUUCUAAUCGCUUUCCCACCACACAAUAUAAUCCAAGGAACUAGAUAGUCGGUUAUAACAGACCCAGUUUUUAAUUUCUCGGGCAAAUAUGGGAAAGGUGCUGCAUGGCUUCGGCUUAUUUGCUUGCAUUGCUGUUCUCCUAGCAUUGUGCCUUCUUCUAAUUCUUCAUGAUGGUAAGUAUUGCUGUGGAAGAGUGCAGAAGAAGCAGGUGAAUGAGUCGCAGUCAAUAGGCGGAAGCAGUAACUUGUUUGAAGGGAGUUGGGUUCAUGAUGAUACGUAUCCGCUCUACGAUACUUUUUCCAGCUGCCCUUUUGUUGAGAAAGAGUUUGACUGUCGGAAAAAUGGAAGGCCGGACAGUCAGUAUCUCAAACUUAGAUGGAAGCCAGACACUUGUGCUUUGCCAAGAUUCAAUGGUAUGGACAUGUUGAGGAGGCUGAAAGGGAAGAAGAUACUAUUCGUAGGGGACUCUCUAAUCCUCAACCAAUGGCAGUCACUAACAUGCAUGCUGCAUUCUGCAGUGCCCAAAACAAACUACACCUUAACUAGGAAAGGAGACCUCUCUACCUUUUCUUUACCUGAAUUUGAAGUUUCUAUUAUGAUGUCUCGCAAUGCAUUUCUGGUGGAUCUAGUGAAAACAAGGACAGGCGGCAGCAUGGUUCUAAAGCUUGACUCCAUUGAAAACGGAAAUGCAUGGAAAGGAUACGACAUGCUUAUCUUCAAUACUUGGCAUUGGUGGCUCCAUAAAGGAAGCAAACAACCAUGGGACUACAUUGUCUCAGGAGGUAAGAUACGCCAGGAUAUGGAUCGCUUGGCAGCUUUUAGGGAGGGAUUAACUACUUGGUCCAAAUGGGUGGACUCUAAUGUUGAUGCUAAAACUACCAAAGUUUUCUUUCAAGGCAUUUCUCCAUCACAUUACAAUGGAAAAGAAUGGAACGACACUGAUUCGGCAACUUGCAGUGGACAAACUCAACCUAUAAGUGGUUCAACUUACCCCGGAGGUUCACCACCAGCAACAACUGUGGUCAACCAAGUGUUGGCCAAAAUGUCGUCUCCAGCAACUUUGCUGGACAUAACGUUACUGUCGCAGUUGAGAAAAGACGGGCACCCAUCUGUAUAUGGUUUCGGUGGGAAAGCGGGAAAUGAUUGUAGUCACUGGUGCCUUAGUGGUGUCCCUGAUACCUGGAAUGAACUAUUAUAUGCUACUCUUGUGACUACUGACCAAAGGAGCUAGCUAGGUGCCUAGGUAAUACAAUAAGGAUCCAGAUCAUGGGAUACAUUAUUCUUUAGACAUUCUUGUUACCAUGUCAUUUAUCCUGUCACUUAAUGGUAUGCAGACAUCAUACACAACAAUUAGUGUAUGCAUCAAGGAAGAGUAAGCAUCCGUGUAAAAUAAUGCAUCUUAAUAUGGCCCAUGACAUAGAUGUUUAAUCACAAUGAAUUAUUAGGACACCAUAAGUAACUAUUAUUAUGGUGAGGGAUAUGAAACUGAAGGCGGAAACUGUCUUUGUUAGAGAACGUUAAUGAAAUGAAUGAAAUGGAAGCAAUGUUAUUUUUUUU